AUGGCGGCAGGCCGCUGGCGCACGGUGCCGCAGGACCCGCUGCAAGACCCGCUGCAGGCGGCCGACCCUUGGGAUUCGGCGGCUGCCGCUGGCGGGCGUUCGGAGAACAGUGCUGUUUCACACAUGACCGGUCCAGAGCGCAACCCCGCACUGCUCCAGAUGGCGAUCCCCGGCGACCUCACGCAGCCAGAACCGAAGUCGACCAACUUCGGUCUGCCCCUGGCGCUGCCUCCGUGGAAAAGCCACCGGUGCAGCUGGCGGUGGUCCACAGUUUUACUGGCAGAGACGCAGGACACAGAGGCGGAGGUAGCGCCGUUUGGCGCCAUUGAUCAGGACAGCAUGCUGGCAGUUUGGCGACGUUUGACGGCCGCCGCGGUCACGAAGGCGGCGCCGACAGUGAUGCUCGGAGCUGGGGGGUCUUUUGCUGAGCUGUUUGGGGCGUACCUCGAUGUGUCCAUAGCAGUGCUCGUUGUGGCGCCGUACCUCCUCACAGCUAGAGGAGCAGUGCGCCUCGAGCACUUCCUCCGGGAGGAGCCUUGGCACGUAGACAUCGACCGCGGGCUCGACUUGCACUCUGGCUGGCCGGCGGCGCAGCCGACCGAGAUCGCACCAGCUAAGCGCGCGAAGAUUGACGCCCGCAGGCUGGACAUAUCUUGGGAGGGCAUCUCCCAGACAGCGCCGCUCGCGGCCACGGGGGGCCACGACGUCGACCCACAUGCCCCGGCGGCUCUCCCUUUGCCCCGACUUCGGCGCAAGCUGCGGAGGUGCUCCGCUCUUCAGGAGCAGAGGGACGCUGGCGAGCCGCUGGAUCCACGGCAGUGCAGAGCGCUACGCCAGCUGCCGGCGCUGCGCGCUGCUGCGCGGGUGCGAGCCCCGGGCCCCCUGGCCCAGGUGCAGGACAUGGACACGCUCGCGUGCUCGAUGGACGUCCCACGGUGCCGCAAGAAGUUGGAUCGUGACGCCAUGCCGUCCUGGGCGGCCGCGCGAGAGAUGUGGUGGCUGGCCGAUCGCGGGCGCAACGUCUCCUUCAGUAUGAACGACCCCCCGCUGGUGCAGCAGCUCAUGCCCAAGUACAAGGCGGCGCGCGAGGCCAAGGACGCCGCCGCACUCCAGGCCCUGGAGCUGGUCUGUCCCGAGCUGGCCAAGGUCGCAGAGCCCAUGCCCGCGCCAGCGAUCCUCCUGGAGCAGGAACAGAUCGUGGCCAACUCCAAGACGGGCAAGGAGCUCCUCCGCAGGCUCAACGAGAACAGUAAGGCCUGCAAUGCUGCGCAGGAUGAGGACCUCCAGCUCCUCACUCCCGAGCAGCAACAGUACUGCAAGGACGCGGCCGCAGCGGCGCAGCAGUCCCAGGCCGCCCUCCAGUCCGCCACCGACGCGGGCAAGCAGGCGAGGGAGGCGGCCGCCACGCUCCGCAACCUCCGCGAGCAGGUGGCCACGACCAAGCGGCGCAAGGCUGACACGGCCUGUGGAGUGGCCCCAGGCGGCGGCGGCGCAGCCGCAGCCGACGCCUCGGCCCCGCCGCCCGUGGACGCUGGCGGCCAGGACUUCAGCAACCCCGAGGUGGUCGAGGCGUACAUCAAGACCACUGCCUCGCGCAGGACUGCCGUGGCGGGGGCCGCGGCCUCCAAGGCGCCGACGGCCCCGCCAGUGGCGCCCGCGACGGCAGCGGCACCAGCAGCGGCAACAGGGGCGGCGAUCCCAGGCAAGGGCGACGGCAAGGACGGCAAGGGCGGCAAGGAGUACAGGUCGGCCUCGGCCAGGACCCCCUUCGGCAAGAGGGACUUUGCAUCGAUUUUCUUCGGCAGCGCCACCUCGUAUUCUCCCAAGGUCAAGAGGUUCAUCGAGACGCCCGACCACGACAUGAUCGGCCUCGCGGAGCACCACCUCUGCAAGGGCAAGUGCGACCAGGAGGAGAAGCGCCUCCGCAGUUUUGGCUGGCGUUCGGAAGGGACUUGUACGCCAGCUUCUCCCUCUACUCGCUCUGACUCGGGCACCCACGGCGGCGCUUGCUGGCUGAGGAGAGCCACCUACGCCACUAGCGUCCACCUACAGGGCGCCAACCACCAGAGUGUAUUUCAGGACGCGCUGCAGGACGUUUCAGUGGUGCUCUGGCGCUUCCAGGGGGCCACGUUCGCCUUCAUCGUGUGUUACCUGGAUUGCUCCAUCGGCCUCGCCGGGACCAACGCCAGGAAUAUGACCGCAAUCGCUCGGAUUGUGAAGUGCUUGGGGAUUCCGUGGUGCUUGGUGGGCGAUUUCAAUGCCACUCCAGAAGAGCUUGCGCGCUCUGGCUGGCCACUCACCCUGAAGGCGCGGAUCCUGACACCUGAGGGGGUGAACAUCACGUGCACGUCGGGCAAGGUUCGCAUGCUGGACUACGUCGUCGUGCCCGACAGCUUCCGCCCCUUCCUCAAGAGGGUGAUGCCCGUCCAGAAGCUGCCGUGGGGCCCGCGCAUCGGCCUCGACAUCCUGGUGACUGCGAGGCCUGCCGCAGUGAUGUCACGCGCCCCUGUGCUACCAGUACCUCUAGAUGUGCCUGCAGGGGGAGUUCACGUGCCCAAGGGGAUCAAGCGCCGUCAACGCGACAGGCAGCGGCAUGCAGAACUGCAGCAGGCCAAGGAGGACUGCGACCAGAUGCAGGAGGGAGACCUGCUCAACGACGACGAGGGGCACCUCCUCGAGGACACCUACACCCAGUGGCGGCCCCAGCAGUGCAACGACCACGUCGGCGCGCCCUGGGCGGAGUACGCCACCGAGGCCCAGGAGCGCGCAGGCACUCGCAUCCCAGCGGGCGAGGAGGUCCAGGCCAGCGUCGCGUACCAAAUGGACCCCUACAUGGCGCAGGCGAUGGCGGUGCAGCGUGGAUACUGGGCCGAGGCGGCGGAGGCGCAGCUGGCCGAGCUCUGCGGCACUGAGCCCCGCGACAGAGCCCGACGUGGCCAACCUGUCAAGCACCAAUGGCGCAAAGCUCAGGAGCAGACGGCAGACUCGCAGUUCGGCCACGCCUGCGCGCAGGACAUUGGCGGCAAGUGGGUCAGCCUUAACGCCCGGGUGCAGGAACAGCUCAUCGCGCUCGGGCGCCACCGCCACACCGAGUACCAGCGCAAGGUGCAGGCAACUAAGGGGAAGUGGCGGAUGUACCUGGACGACUACAGGGUCCUAGGCCACGGCGAGCGCAUCUGCUACUCCAGGAUCUCCCCCGAGUGGCAGGCCUUUGCACUGAGGGUGCAGGCGAGAGCGGCUAGGCACGCUUGCCUGGUUUGGCAACAGACCCGCAGUGAGGUGCAAGCUUGGGCCAAGGCAAGUACCUUGGGCUCCAUGCGAGGGGGCCACCGCUAUCUCAAGAAGGACGAGGUGCAGGCCCUAGACAAGACCUGCGUCGAUCCCGACACUGGCGAGGUCUGCGACUCCGAGCAGGCCUCCACAGAGGCCAGGGCACGCCGCUGGCGUGACCGUUGGACCAGCAAGCCCGACCGUGAGCCUGCCUUGCGCGAGGCGUUGAGCGAGCUGCGGACCCUGGCCCGCGAGGCGCUGCCAGAGCGGCGCUACCACUCGAGAGACGACAUGGUAAACGCCAUCAGGACCUUCCCCAGGGCUACGGGCAAGGGCGCCGAUCAGUGGACGCCAGGCCACCUUCUCGCGGUCUCCGACCAGGGGCAGGAGGCCUUCGUCACCCUGCUCAACAUGGUGGAGCAAGCCCUGGCCUGGCCGCACCAGCUCCUCCACAACUGGUAUGCCCUCCUGCCGAAGGGCGCCGAGCAGGUGGUCGGCAACGAGAGGGAUGUCGGCCUCCUUCCCUUGCCCGUGCGCAUCUGGGGCCGCAUGACCAAGGCCGCCAUGGCGCAGUGGUGUGACAAGCGAGCUGGGCACUGGGGCGCUGCGGUGCGUGGGAGUUCCGCGCUGCAGGCUGCUUUGCUCACCGUGGUGCUUGACGAGGCUAGAGCGCGCGCCGGCGUGGCCGAGCAGAGCAACGUCUUGAUGGACGUGGAGAAGUUCUACGACUACAUCGACCUGGCCUUGAUGAUCCACAAGGGCAUCUCCCUCGAAGUGCCGCCCGUCGAGCUCUACUUGUGCUGCCUCACGUGCCUGGCGCCGCGCGUGGUCAAGUCCCACGGGGCCUUCAGCUCGACCAUCACCCCCAACGGCUCAAUCCUCCCCGGCUGCGGGAAGGCCAAGCACUGGGCAAGAGCCUUCCUCUACCACCUGUUGGAAGCAGCCCGCGCGAGACCACCUGCGGCAAGGGUGAGGCAGUACGUGGACGACGUGCACAGCCGCAUCGAGGGCGCGGCCGAGGAGGUCCUCGACCAUGCCAAGGACGUUGCGGUCACCCUAGUGCAGGGCUGCCUCGACCUUGGCUUGCGCGUCUCGCCCAAGUCCAUCCUGAUGAUGACGAGGCCCAGAGACGAGAAGGCGGCGUUGACCUACGUGUACCCGGAGACUGGCAUCCGCGCGCAGAGGGCGUCCACGGCGAAGGACCUCGGCAUCGACUGCGCCAUGGGUUCCAGGCGAAGCAAUAAGACGGCCAGAGCGCGGAUGGCGGCAGCGAGGGCAGCAGACCUCACGGGCCACACGGUGGGCGGGCGUUGCACCUCUACCACCCUCCUGCUGCGCUACCGGGACGACGAGCCCAAGAUGGCGGCCUUGGCACAGCAGGUGAAGGAGUGGUUCCACUUCUGGGCGCGCCACUCGGAGCUGCGAGACCGAGUUCGACUUGGAUGGCGGGCGGUACUCAAGAGACUCUUAUACUUGCGACCUCGUGCUCGGUGGAAGUGCGCCACGGGGCCCGCGGGCGCGAUCAUCCUGGCACUGCGCGACAUCGGCUGGAUACCGCGGGCGCCUGACGUCUGGAUCGACGACGAGGGCUCCGAGUGGCGGCACCUCGGCAACGAUGGCGGUAGCGCGCAGGACCUAGUGAAGGCGAUCAAGAGCACCGUGACGCGCCAGCUGUGGCGCCAGGCUGGGGACCACCCCCUCGGAGCGGGCCUCGGUGACGGCGGCGACCUCCAUAUGCUGAGGAUCAACCUGAUGAGGAUGUGCCGCCAGGAGCGCCACAAGGAGGCAGGCGCUCUGGAGGCGGGAGCGUUGGCAGGCAUCCGGACGGGGGCAAGGGCGCAAGCGGCAGGCUACCAGUGCUCCGGCGACUGCGAGCACUGUGGCGAGGGCAAGGACACCAUCGAGCACAGGCUGUACUUCUGCUCGGCCACCUGCGAGAUGGGGGGGGGCCCUUGGGUCGAGCGCACUGAGGGCCUCCGUCAGCAUGCGAUGCAAGACCUGUUGGAAAAUCGUCACGUUGCGUACUGGACCCGGGGGAAAGUUCCCCUUGAGUGGGUUGCCGUGCCGCCGCCGCCCGCCUGGAACUCUGGAGAGGGGUUGGGCGUUCGGGCAGUCGGCACCUUCCCCCCGAUCCUCGACUCCUCUUCGAGCGACGCCCUCCCCUCCUCCUCCCCCGCCCUCACGAAUGCAGUCUCAUUCAAUGUGGGAGCAGGUGAAUACCCCAUCCGUGCACGUCUGGCAUUCCUGGGCGGGUCGGCCACUUCCAGCGAUGCCCGCGUUUGUCGUGUGGGGUGGGGUGUCUACUUUGUGGGGGAGUGGGCGGAGCUGGAAGCGGACGACGGCGAGUUUUCUGGUUUCUUCGGGGCCGUCGACGGGGACCAAACGGUCCCCGUCGCGGAGCUGGCUGCCCUCUGGAGGGCGCUGCAGCUCUCCACGGGGCCCCUGGACAUUUUCACCGACUGCCAGCUGUUUUUUAAAGGCUGGGUCCAAGGGAAUGCCCCAUAUCCCAGGGGAUGCCACGCCAAAUGGUGGGCCCGAAUUCGGUCGGCCCUCGAGCAGCGGGGGGGCCAGAAUGUCCGCCUGCACAAAAUCUUCUCGCACUUGGAUACUGAUUCCCACGUGCGCUCUGGCCAGGAUCCUCGAUGCUCCCGCGGCAACGAGCUCGCGGAUGCCCUGGCCCAGCGGGGGGCAGAGUCUGCUGCCAACCCAAUUCGCACCCAUGUCAAGGCCCUACAGGUGGCCGACGCUCGUGCGACCCUCGUGCACCAGCGCAUCGGUGCGGUUUUGGCCCCGAUCUAUGCGGAGGUCGAACGUGGGGCUCGUUCGAAUCGGUUCGGCGGGGCGGACGAUUCGGUCGGCUCCGCUUCGGGCCUGGGGCGGAUUGGGGAGCUCGAGGAGGCGGUGCGGGGGUGGCUCCGCGCCGUGGCCGCGCUCUCCGCGAGGGGCGCUCGCCUCUGCGCGUGGCUGGCCGCGGGCCUCGUGGCGUGGGCGGCCUCUGCGGCCCUGCGGCGGCGGGCCCUGGCCCGCCCAGGGCAGCCGCCAGCACGAGCAGAGGAGGAGGAGGUGGUCGGGCGCGAACAACAGCACGCCGCAGCCUGCGGCACAGGGGUCCCAAGCCGCGCCCAGCGAAGAGAGGGAGCACGGCGGCAAGUGCCCCGGGUGCAACAACACCUUCUCGCAGGUCGUGCGGCACAUGCGCCGGUGCCAGGCGGUGGCCGCCCUGAAGUCUGCCAAGGGCGGCCUGUGCCCGGGCUGCAACAGCACCUUCCCCAACGUCCAGAAGCACAUGCGGCGCUGCUGCCCCGAGAGGCUGCAGCGCUGCGACGACCCGCAGGCCACGGCCAGCCUGCGCAAAGCCCAGAGCCCAGACGACUGGCUGGACUCGGAGGAGGUGGCCGAGGCGGCGCGAAGGUCCUUCGCGCAGCUGGCCGACCCGAUGCAGAGACGCGGGGAACAAAAACUGGCAUAA